AUGGCACAGCAGACUGGAAAAUCGCCAGAUCCCUUGAAAAUGGAACAAGAAAAGGAUAUCGGCAUGACGCUGGAGCAUGCCCCAAGCAAUGCAGAAGGCUAUCCCGACAAACAGGCCCAAAUCAGCGCCGCCAUGGCCAGCCGCGGCACUGCGACAGAACAUCGCCUGGGAUACUGGGAGGCCUUCAAGCUGUACCGGAAGGGCGUCUUCUGGUCUAUGUUCAUCUCUCUUAGCAUCAUCAUGCGUGCGUACGACAUUGAAAUCAGUGGCAAUUUCUAUGCCUUGCCCGCCUUCCAGAGAGCCUAUGGCGUUGACUACGGCAAAGACCACGGCGGCUAUCAGAUUCCCGCCAAGUGGCAGGUGGCCAUGAGCAUGGGCAGCUUGGUCGGUCAGAUUAUCGGGGCGUACUUGGUGACGUUUCCCAUGGAAAGGUUCGGUCGCAAGAAGACGCUUGCUGCUUCACUCGCCAUGACGGGCGUCUUGACCUUUAUGCAAGUCUUCGCAAGCUCACUAGGCGUAUUGGUGGCAAGCAUGUAUCUGAGCGGUAUCGUCUGGGGCAGCUAUUGUGUCAUUGCGACAACGUACGCCUCUGAGGUCCUGCCCUUGAGUCUCCGUGGCUUCCUAACGGGCUACAUCAAUCUCUGCUACGUGAUGGGGCAGUUUAUCCAGACCGGCGUGACGCGCGGCUUCAUCACUCGGCUAGACCAGUGGGCCUACCGAAUCCCUUUUGCACUGCAAUGGUUCUGGCCUGUCAUUCUUCUCAUUGGACUCCCCUUUGCGCCCGAGUCGCCGUGGUGGUUGAUCCGACAAAACAAGAUGGAUCAGGCAGAGCAGUCCUUGCAAAAGCUUGUGCAAAGGACGUCCGGCAUCAACACCAAGGAGACACUUGCCAUGAUGGUAAAGACAGACCUGCUAGAGCGUGAUAUGGAAGUUGGGACCAAGUAUUCCGACUGCUGGAAGGGGUCGAACCGACGACGAAUGGAGAUUUGCAUCCUGCUCUUCGUUGUUCAGAACUGGAGUGGUAAUCCCGUUGGCUUUGCAACGUACUUUUUUGAGCAGAUUGGGCUCAACAGUGUGCAAGCAUUUGAUAUGGGCGUCGGGCUAAACGGGGUUGGCUUUGUGGGCACCCUCCUCUCCGCGAUUCCGCUGAUAUAUUUUGGUCGCCGUACUGCCUACCUGUGCGCCCUUGGCUUUAUGGUCGCUACACUCUUCACGGUGGCCCUGCUCAGCUUUGCACAUGACUACAAGACUAAUAAUAGCUACCGAUGGGCUCAGGCCACGCUACUUAUUGUGUUGCAAUUCAUCUGGCAGAUGACACUUGGCCCGCUAACUUACGUUGUGGUGUGCGAGACCCCCCUCGACCAAGUUGAGGUCCAAGACGAUUGCUAUCGCGACAAUGAUCGACGCUCUCACGGGCCAGAAACAAAGGGCAGGACCUAUGAGGAACUAGACAUAAUGUUUGAGCGAGGUGUUCCUGCACGGAAAUUCAAGACCUACAAGUUGGACGAUGAAAUAGUUGAUGAUGCUGAAAUUUGA